CCCAUGUUUCCUGACCCACACACACAUCAUGGGCUGGUAACAAACAUAAGGACAACCUAGGGCUUGAUUUGCUCUUUUGACAGCCUAGCCUUGUUUUUUUCCCCUUCCUGCUGGUACUUGGUCCCAGCUGGAAGUGUAUAGUUUUUUUCCUAUGCCAAUUUAAGCAACAGGUGCCAUUUUUUUUGCUUCCUUGUAGGGGGACCUGGCACAAGCGCAGGUUUUAUUGGGACUCUAACAGGAAAGUCACAGAGAGCCAUUGUGGUGCUUUCGAUCGGAAAACUAUUCCGGACCGGGGAAUUGACUCUUGAGACUCUUGUGUUUUCAGCCUGUUAGUGCAUGAGAGAGAUGGAAGCGCGGUCCUCCACCACUACGACUACCAUAGUCGAGGCUAAGAAUGACCUGAGCGCACAUCCCACACGUUCGUCCAAACGCACCUUAACCGAUGACCUGCACACUACGUUCAGCUCCCCCAUGGCCUGGAUCCUCGUGCUGGCUCUCAUCGUAACCUGGUCGGCCGUGGCGGUUAUUAUGUUUGACCUGCUCGACAGCAAGGGUCUUGAAGGACCUCAGCCACACCGUGUCAGGAAAACAUUAAAGGAAGCAGGCAGCCUUAGAGGGGGUAUUCAGCACAUCAGCUCUGAUCCCAUGAAGGCGGUGAACGAAGCCAUGGACGACUCUACCGAUUGGAUAACAUCAAUCUUGACUUUUAUGACUAAUUUGGUAGCACCGGAAGAGGAGGAGGAGGAAGGUGAGCAUCAUUUUGUGAGGAAAAAAGGAGAAUUCUUGCCACCGAGGAAAAAAGUUGCAGAGAUACGGGCCAAGGAGAUGUUAGAAGAGGAAGGGGAGUAUGAGGAGGAAGAGGACGAGGAGGAGGAAGAUGAGGGGCUUGCUGAAAAAGAGGAGGAGGAGGAGCAAGAAGAAGACGAAGAGUAUGAGGACGAAGAUGAAGAAGAAGAAGAAGAGGAAGAAGAUGGUGAUGAGAUCGAGGAGGAGGAAGAAGAAGAUGAAGAAGAAGAAGAGGAGGAGGAAGAAGAAGAGAAGGAGGCUGAAGAAAAGGAGGACGAGAAGGCAGAUGCUGAGGAGGAAGAGGAGGAGGAAGCAGCAGCAGCAGCAGCAGAGGAAGCUGUGGAGGAGGAGAGAAAAGAAGAGGAGGCUGAAGAAAAGGAGGACGAGAAGGCAGAUGCUGAUAAGGAAGAGGAGGAGGAAGCAGCAGCAGCAGAGGAAGCUGUGGAGGAGGAGGGAAAAGAAGAGGAGGCUGAAGAAAAGGAGGAAGAGAAGGCAGAUGCUGAGGAGGAAGAGGAGGAGGAAGCAGCAGCAGCAGCAGCAGAGGAAGCUGUGGAGGAGGAGGGAAAAGAAGAGGAGGCUGAAGAAAAGGAGAAAAUGGAAGCUGAUGCUGAGGAAGAAGCAGAAAAUGAAGAGGAGGAAGCAGCAGCAGCAGAAGAAACUGUGGAAAAAGGUAAGGAGGAAGAGGAAGCUGAUGCUGAGGAGGAAGGGGAACAGGAAGAGGAAGCUGCUGCUGCUGCUGCUGCUGCUGCUGCUCCUGCUGUCGGAAAGGAAGAUACUUCAAUCCCUGCUGAACCUUAUGAGGUGAAAGAAGAACAAGAACAAAUCACUUCUAAAGAAGCUGAUGCAGCUGAUGAGGAGGAGGAGGACAAAAUUGAUGUAGUUAAAGAACCACCUGAGGACGAAGAUGGAAAAGAAGAUACUCCUGCUGAUGAUAAAGAGAAAAUAGAAGAAGUAGAUGACAUUACUGAUGAUGACCAAAAAGAUGACCAAAGUGAGGAGAAAGACGAUGAUGAUGAGGUCGAAGAGGCUGAUAUCGUCAUUGCUCUUGGUAUCAUAGCUGAUGCUGGUGCUACAGUCACUGAUGUUGAAGCGCAAGAAACUGACAUACCAACCCUGAAAGAAGAGGAGAAAGAUGAAAAGGAUGAAAGCGUAGAGGAAGUGGAAACUGCCGAAAAAGCACCAAAACCAGAACCGAUCCCUAAAGCAGCCGAGGAAGUGAAAGAAAAAGAAGCAGAGAAACCUGUGGCAGAGGCUGAAAAAGAAGACAAACAAAAAGAGCCCUCUACCUGUCCUUGUAUGCAUUCAGUAAUACAUAAAGAGCCUCAAAAAGCCCAAGACACUAAACCAAAGGAAGAAAAAGCUGAACCUGAUAAAGUAAAGAAAAGAGCUAAAAGAGUCACCCUUGAGCACAAGAAAGCAGAGACUAAGAGAAGGGAACCCCUGCUUAAACAGAGAAAAGAAAAAGAGGCUCCAAUAAGAACAAGACUAGAGAAAGCAAAGAAAGCUCCAAAAGCAAAGGCAGCGGUUGUCAACAUACCCAAAACGAGAAGAUCUCGAGCCUCAGAGGACAUGGAAGUGUCAGCUGCUCCAGCUCCGAUACAGGAUCUUCCUAUGUGCCGACCAACACCUGUGUACUGCCCAGCGCCACCUGGCUGGUAUGUGCAUCAUAUAGUUACAAGUAGCCCAUUACCACCAUCGGCUAUUCCAGAAUCAGAAGUUCCGAUUUUAACAACUCAUCAAGCUCCAACUUUACUGAAAGAACCAGACGCUGCUAAGGCAAAGCCAAAACAAGCCACUAAAAAGAAAGAACCAGCUGCGCCAAAAGAAAAAGCCAAAGCAGCUCCUGCGAAGAAGGAGCCCACAGUUGCUAAAGCCAAAGUAAAACCUGCAGUGGCAAAGAAAGGGCUGAUUGCUGUGAAAGAGAGGUCUAAAAGGACAGAGCGAGUGAUCACUAAAGAAAAGGCAAAACCUACCUCUACUAAGAUAGAGCCAGCAGUAACAAAGAAGGCAAAAGUAACAACAACCUCACAUAAAGUCAAGAAAAAGGCAGCAUCAACACCAAAAGCCAAACAAGCUAUUAAAGUUGUGGGAAAACCUGUUCCAGAUGAGGAGAAAACGGCAGAAGAAACCAAAGAGAAAGCAGCCGAGGCACCAGCACCAGCAAAAGACCUGAAAGCAGAGGAAAAUGUCACAGAAGGCAAAAAGCCAGGCAAGAUACCGUACUUCCAGUGUGUUUUAAUGAGUUCAAAAUCCAGCCAAUAUCCACUGCGGCCCAUGUCCCCUGCUAUGAAUCCAGCUAUUAACCCCACCAUGAUGAGAGCCAUGAUGGAGCAGAGGGCCGCAUUACUGCAGCAGAAAGCCCGUGCAGCUGGCCAGUAACUGGACGACAGACCCCGUCCAGCCCUGGCAGGUGCAAACUGCUUAUGAACUGAAUAAAAACAUAGUGCUGCUGGGCUCUCAAGAGCUAUCUUCCUAAACCAUCAGAAACUUUAACAAAUAAUGAGUAGAGGUCCCUGGUUUCUCAAUGGACGCUCUCCAUUCUUUCAUAAGUGAUCUUUGAAUCUGACCAGUUUCUCAAUUUCGACAAAAAAGAGAUAUAAAUAAAUUCUAAUGUACAUUUUGAAAUAUAUUUAAUGCAUAAACACCUGCCAAAGAAAUGUUGUGUUACUGGGCAGAUUUACUUUUUUAUUUCUUUGAGAUCUUAAAUCAUCUGUUUACAUUUUUUGCAGGGAAGAUUCUGAUGUUUUUUUUUUUUCUUAUUGUACAUAAGACUACUCAGUGUUGAAGCAAAUUUAAAACUGGUUAAAUAAUUUAAGUGUUGAUCUAAAUAUUCAGAUAUUUAUUUUUCUAUGUCAGAGUAUAUGAUCCCGUUACGGAAAGAAAUCUAACAGCACACACUCACUAAGGCCUUAUCAUUUGGCCCAGGCCAUUUCCUUUGACUCACUGUUAAUAAGAUUAUGUGUAGUGUGUCUGGGUUCUAGCAGGGUCUGCGAUCUCUCUGCAUUUGUAUGCAUGGCCAUUAGAAAACAGGAGGACGCCAUUUGGACCGAAUCCGAUUUCUAUCUUAACCAAUGAAAAGAGCUUACAUGCUUAUAGAAUUGAAAGAGACAUUAAGAAAUGAAGGCACACAAAAGCCUACAGCCUCUAAAUAACGAAAGGCUUUCAUUUUACUUGACUGAGACUUUUCUUGAGUAUCUCUUUAGUUAAUUGAAACCCCUUAUUGGAGGUUAUUAGAUUUAUGGUAGUGAAUGAAUAUGUCAAAUCAAAAUGUUCAAGUAGCAAUUGUGCUACUUGUGUAAAGUAUACAGUAAAUAUAGUGUUUGUCCGCCAUGCCAUAGUUUUCUCUCUUUUCCUAGAUCAGCGGUCUUCAGCCUUUUUCAAACCAAACCCUUUGCAGAUACACACAUUAGCUGCAUUUUAGGCCUGGCCUAAAAUUUAACACAAAUAGUGCCAUGUUAAUGUAUUUAUCAUACAUUUUGGCUGGUAGAGCCAUGAAGUAAUUAUUACACAGCCCUGUGUCUUGGGGGGGCUGUACAUUUUCCUUCAUGUACAGAAUUAAUGUAUUUAUCAAAAUAACAAAAGCAGACAAAUGACAAAAAAAGUUUUGUUUUUCUCACA